AUGUUUAUAAUUUAUAAAACAAAAUUAAAUAGAACAAAAAAAAGAGAAGCUAAAUUAAAAAAAACAAAAGGAGGGGAAGCCCCCCCUGCUGGACCGCGGCCCAGCUGGCCAUCGGGCCAACCAGGCCGGCCCAGGUCGGCCCCCACUCCUCUCCCUUAUCCACCCCACUCCCCCACCGACAACCCCCACCUCCCCACUCCCUCGCUCCCCCACUCCCCGAUCCCAUCUGGAUCGGGGCAACGACCGCGACGCCGCCGCCUCGCCCACGUCGCCGGACGCCCCCAUCGCCUCGACGCCCGCGUGGACCCCCUUCCCCGCGCCCCGACGCUGGUGCUGCCCUUCGCCGGACCUCGACCACCUCCUCCGCCACCUCGCCUCCCCGUGUCGGCCUCGACAACCCCGGCCCGAGCCACCACCCGUGGCCCCAUCACCGGAUCGCCGCCGCCCGGAGCUGACCUCGCCCGACGCUGCCCCGCCGUCGCCGCGUCCCCGUCCUCCUCCCCGCCGGACUGCGUCCGCCUUCCCGACACGGCGACGACGCCUCGUCCCCAUCCUCCUCCACAACGGUCGCCCCCGAGCCUCGCCGGCCCGCUUCUCUCCAACGCCGGUGAGGCCACCUCCGGCCUCCAGUCCCUUCUCCCUUCCCCGCGCCGUACCCGCCCGCUGCCCGCCUCGCAUCGCCCCACCGCGCCUGUUCCGGUAGCCGCCCGUGCCGCCGCGGAUGUCGACUCCGCCGUCGACGCCGGCCAAGUCCGGCCGCCCCGCGACCACCGGUCGACGUGGUCGACCACUAGCUACCCAUCGGUCCCCUUCGCGCAUCGAACCGACGCCC